AAAGCGCCGGGGGAACCAGUGGUGUCUACUCUUAAGAGCAGUAGGGAUUUUUUUUCCAGAGCACAUCCUGAUACUUGCGGUUCCGCCUUCUUCUUGUGACUUACAAAAUGAGCUGUCAGCGCUUCUGCUAUCGGUAGGUAAGUUUACUGUCAGAGCCGAAGACAUCUGCAACAAGCUGCCCGGAGUUACUGGCAACACAGAGGCUCUGGGGUGGAGCAUCAAGUGUCCUCCAGACAAGCAAAAGAAAGCAUUACUGGCUUUUCCAGACGGUGCAGUUUUGGAAACAGUGGAGUCCAGAUUGGAGAAGAGAUGUCCACUGACCAGGAGCCCACGUUCACAGUCAAGCUGCUGCAGCUGCUGCUGCUCUCUACCUACUGGGGAAUGCAGAUUUGGGUCACCUUCAUUUCAAGCUUUGUGAUGGACAACCACCUGAACAGACACACUUAUGGGUUUAUCCAGAGUCGUCUUGUCCCGUUCUAUCUCCACCUGGGUUCAGCUUGUGCCUUCUUUAACCUCACCAUCUACGCUGCGUAUCAUCCCAGCGACAUGCUGGAUGACAGAGAAGCCUUUCAGAUCUUCAUCUUCUUUGUGUCUGUGACAGUUGCGGCUGUCAAUGCCCAGUGGUUUGGCCAAAUGACAUCGGAGAUCAUGGCAGACAUGCACCUUAUCGAGCAGGCGUGCGGAUUGGGUCAGGAUAUCGGCCUGUCGUCGAACCGCGAAGCUUACGCCAAGCUGUGUGAGACGGAUGUCAAAUACAGACACCUCAGCAGUCGCCUGUGGCUGUACAGACUGCUGUCCUCCCUCUGUAAUCUCUGUUGUGUAGGCUGCAACUUCUACAGUCUCUGUUACAUGGCUGAGAACCUGGUCACACUGUAACGGACGUACAGCCGCUGGACUGUUAAAUAGUUUAAUAAUAGUCACUCCCACAUCACUCCCUUGCAAAUCUAGAAACUCGUAUUUUUGUAUCAAAGCAGUAAGUUAUAUAUUUAAUACCAAAAGUCUUCUCUGUCUCUCUUUCUCUCUCUCUCUCUGCCUUAUUUAGUUAUGAGAUAAAAAGUCUGGUACGCCUUGUUGUUCUUGUGCCUUGGGGAAUAAUGAAAGGAUACAGCCUCUGUGCUCAGAUUUUGGCCCUAGGUUUUUGUUGGUUUUAAGACAGUCAGGGUCACUAAAGCUGCAUUUCUCUCCUAAAGGUUGUAGGGAGUCAAAUCAGUUCCUGCAAUGAGUAAUGCCUCACCUUUCACCUAGUGUGGCUGAGGCUGGUGGCAGCCUUGAGAUUUCCCUUUUCUGUCACCAUUACAAUAUGGUACCUUUCAGGCACCUAAAACAGGAGGAAUGUUUUCAAAAACUUUGUACUCGGCAUAUCAGAGGCACCAUAGCAGAAAAUAGCCCAAUGCACUGCAUCUUUUUUAUAUAUAAUAUAUAUGCGCAACAGAAAUGCAUUAAGGGAUCUGCUCCCAUGCAGCUCAGUCCUGCUCUUCCUGUUUGGGUGGAGUUUUAAUACCUUGCUCAUAGUGCAGUGUCACAGGUUUGUCACACUUACCUUUUAUGUUGGAGCAACUGCGGGGCUGUGCUUCACAUUUCAAAGUUUGUACUGUCUCUAGCUCUCCUGGCUGCUUGCUGCUGAUAUGAAAAAGAAAGGUUCAAACAUUUUUACUGUAUUAUAUACAAUCAGUACUGCUUUUAGACCAUCCAAAACACACUUGCACCAGUGGUUUGUUUAUUGGUAUAUUGGAAUUAAAAUGUAUUGGUGUUUGUAAAUAUUUACAGUGUAUUGCUCUGUAAAUGAGCAAUGAUGAAGAUGUUAUAAGAUUUGUUGUUGCACAGCAGGUUGGUCUUGUCUUGAGUCUGACCCCCCAGCAGGUAGACCUUUGCUAUUAUCAGUGUGUCCUCUAGGUAGACACUGUUGAUGAGCUUGAACCUGUGGUGGGGGCAGGGAUCAGAAUGAUCAGUUUUGUUGAGCCGGUGUGAUGGUUGUAAUAAUCUAGUGGAUUGUGCAUUGAUCCAGAAAGUAGUAUAAAGGUGUGUUUUUUGGGAUGGUAUUAAAUGGGAUGGUAUAAAUAUUGUUUAGACUUGCUGAGAUGAUGUGGGUUUAUUUCCGCUAAAUAUCUGCGAUGAUAGUAUGGAGCCUGAAGAAAAUCAUAGCAAAAUCAUCAUCAGCAAAGGAGUUCUGUGCAGUGCAGUUCUCAGGUGACAGAGCUUUUUUUUUAAGUCAUAGUUUGAACAUCUUUGCAUUGUUGUUUGUUUCACAUAUCAGAGAGAAUCUGUGGUCAAUUUUUAUAAAUUCUGUCUGUUCUAUAUUGUUGUCUCUUUUUUUUUUUUUUUUUUUUUUUUUGUACAUGUUGCAAUUACCUUAACAAACCUCUCCAUGCUAUGAUGGCCCCUCCUUGUUGUAACUGCUUAGGUGAAACUCUUCUAUGGAUAUGUUUCUUCUUUUUACUGAUGGCCUGUAAUACAUGUCCAUUAAACCAAGUAAAAAGUGCACCCUCAGCAUUUCCAUAAUGAGGGCAGAGGCAGCUGAGUACAGAUUCUGAAACUCCUUUCCUAGUUUUCCUUUUUGUUCAGACUGGACUGAUGAAGGUGCUUACUGGCAAAGACAAUGCAAUAUUACUUGGUAGUUGUUUUUAACUGUACACAUCCUUUUUGUUGUGUUGCCUGUUAUCUCGGCCAGUUUGAAUUAAUAUAAAUUGAACGAAAGUCAUCUGACUUUUUUGUGCAUAAACAUAAAAGCUGUACAUGGAUGUGACAUUUUAAAACACCUUUUUACAUUAGUGGAUAUUUAUGCUAGCUUCGUGAUAUGUUUGAAAUAUGGUUUUAAUUGUUAGUGUGGCUUGUGUAAUACUAAAUGUAAGUUGCCUACAGACCAGUGAGGUCAGAGGUCAUGAGCUGUUUAUGGUAAUGGGUUUGUAUCAAAGAUACAUGGUCUGUUUUUUGUAUUAGAAUAAAAAUGUAAUUUUGACUUUCA